UCAAUUUAUAUGUGAGCGAUGAUAUGUUGACAUAUACUGCUGAAAGGUGUCCGCACCUCAGACGGCUUGUGCUGCUAGCUUGGAAUAGAAUAAAGAAAUCUGGAAUAUGCAAAGCUAUUCAAAGCUGGAAGGAGCUUGAAUCACUGACAAUGUCUAGCAUAACUGAUCCCGAAUAUCUCAUGGAAGAGAUUGCAAACAAUUGCAAGAACUUUUUCGAACUCAAAGUGAUGGGCCCUUUUGAGGAUAAAUUUGCUUCUGUCCUAGUUAGGUAUCUUCCAAAGUUAAGAGUUUUAAGCCUCCGAUGCUCAAUGCUGACAAUGAAAGCCUUGAUUAUUAUCUUAGAUGGCUUACACAGCCUAGAAGUGCUCAACAUAUCACAUUGCCUGAUUGAAGGACAAAAAACUCCUGCUUCAAGAGGAAUUGUCAAGGAACUUGAUGAAUCUAUUUUGAAGAAGGCAUCUCAGUUACAUGAGUUCAAAACGUGCAUGAAAGACUCAUGCAUCCUGUGCCAGCGGACAAAAGCUGAUGAAGGGCUGCUGAGGUGGUACAAGUAUGAAGAAGGGCUAUGGAAAGCAGAUGAGGUCAGCUCCCUUGCCCUUUGACUGGAGCCUUCUUACAUUGUAUUUUGGGGACUAAACCAUCUGAUCCCCUCCCCCCUUUGGCCUGAACAUUCUGAGACUGUUUCU